UUGUGCACGUAGCUGAUUUGGCUCCUUGAUGUCAGUAGUGUGCCGUGGUUUAAUGCUCUGUCAUUUAGUUGCUGCUCUUCAAUUUGAAAAAAUAUUUUCGCUGCAAAUAUGAGUGCUGGAGGAGGGACUCCUUACAUUGGCAGUAAAAUAAGUUUGAUAUCGAAGGCGCAGAUCCGGUAUGAGGGAAUACUGUCAUCUGUCGACACAGAGAGGUCCACGGUUGCGUUGGCCAAAGUAAAAUCCUAUGGGACAGAGGACCGGCACACAGAUUGUCCAGUGCCACCCAAAGAUGAAAUUUAUGAAUACAUAAUCUUCAGAGGAAGUGACAUCAAAGAUAUCACUGUGUCUGAGACUCCAAAACCACACCAUGGAGUUCCUCGUGACCCUGCUAUUGUGCAGUCCUCCCUUGGCAGCUCCCCUGCUGCGUAUCACCCACGCUGGAGUUCAUACAGAGACAUGAUGCCCACCUACAACCAGCUGGCUGCAACUACUCUACUCAACCAGCAGUACAAUGCAGCACUGGGUCUAGGACUCCACGGCAUCCCAGCCAGAAGAGCUCCCAUGGUGGAGCAGGCUGUCCAGACCGUGCCUUUGGCUGGUGCUGCCCAGAAAAGGGGGAAGACUUCAACUCAGCCACAGAGCAAACAGCCUGCACGUCCAACCCAGCGCUCUGGCCAGACUCAGAAAGAGAAUAUGCCCAGCAGUAAGCAAAGUCGGACACCAUCUCAGCCGAGUGCAGCCAAGGUUCAAAGUCAAGGCACUGAGAACCAGAAGCAAAGGCAAAAACCAGGUGGUCGCAGGCCCAGGAACCGAAGCAGAGGCCAACUUCUGGUGAAAAACUCAAAGGCCACUACCCUGCAGUUUGAGUCAGAUUUUGAUUUUGAAACCGCAAAUGCUCAGUUUAAAGAUGAUCUUACAAAGGAAGUUGUGGUUGCUGCAGUUGAAAAGGAGGUUUCUGCCGAGGCCCAGGACAUUAAGGGAACGCAGCAGGAGGAUGACGCUCAUGGAGAAAAAUAUUAUGACAAAACCAAAUGCUUCUUCGACAACAUCUCCUCAGACCUGAAGCCCAGGAGAACUACGUGGGCGGAGGAGAAAAAGUUGAACAUGGAAACUUUCGGAGUUCCCGGCCGCUUCCUGAGAGGCAGAGGAUUCCGGGGAGGAGGACGCAGAGGGCAGAACCCCGCUGAGCAGCGACCCCUCCCAAAAAUUGGUAGUGGGAGGGUGUGAAAGCUUUUCUUUCAGUUUGUCUUUUUGUUAAAAUCUUCUGUAAAUAUUGUAGUUUUGUAUUUAUUUAAAACAAAAAAGUACCUCCCUUUUCCCCCGUUUGAGUAAAGAUUUGUUUUUUUUCCUCAUCUCAAAUUUGCAUUUAGGGAAUUUUGUACCUUGAAACCUAAUUAUAUGAAAUGGGAGAUCAUUUUUAUUUUAUCAAGUGGCUGUGUGCUAGAAGCAAUUCUAUUAAUUGACAGUUUGGCAAAAUACAAUAUGGAAUUUGUCUUUUGAACAGGCCAGCAGGUACAUAUAUUUUUUCUUUUUGCUGAAUGUAUUCAAUUCUUCAGUCUACUUGACUGUCCAAAUGUAACUCCAAAUAGCUUUUGGAGGACAGCUGUACUUUGUUUUUCUCCCCUACUUGUAAAAUGAAAAAUGUGGAGGACUUUUUGUAUCAAUGUUAUUAAAUAACAUAUGAUUAACAGA